AUAAUUUUGAUCAUGUCUUUCUUCAGAAUCCCUGUCCACAGACUUGCUUUGCUCUGCAGUCUCUCCACGAUACUGAAUAAUACCGGCAAGAGGGACGUAACAUCAAGAGUGAAUAUAUGAAGGGAAACAUUGAGGAACCUGCUGAAGAUGAGGCGCCUGAAUCGGAAGAAGACUUUGAAUUUGAUGAAAGAGUUGGAUGCCUUUCCAAAAGUUCCUGAAAGUUACAUUGAAACGUCUGCAAGUGGAGGAACAGUUUCUCUAAUUGCAUUUACUACUAUGGCUCUUUUAAUUAUCAUGGAGUUUACAGUCUAUCAAGACACCUGGAUGAAAUAUGAAUACGAAGUCGAUAAGGAUUUCACUAGUAAAUUAAGAAUCAAUAUAGAUAUCACCGUUGCAAUGAAGUGUCAAUACAUCGGGGCUGACGUGUUGGAUUUGGCAGAAACAAUGGUGGCCUCCGCUGACGGAUUAGUUUACGAGCCAGUAAUAUUUGAACUCAGUCCCUUGCAAAAAGAAUGGCAAAGGGUGCUGCAUACAAUCCAGAGCAAGCUACAGGAAGAACACUCGCUUCAAGAUGUAAUAUUCAAAAGUGCUUUUAAAAGUGCUUCAACGGCCUUACCGCCCAGGGAAGACAACUCCGUGCAGCCCCCAGAUGCUUGCCGAAUUCAUGGACACCUCUAUGUUAAUAAAGUUGCAGGAAACUUUCAUAUAACUGUGGGCAAGGCAAUUCCCCAUCCAAGAGGCCACGCGCAUUUGGCAGCCCUGGUGAGCCACGAGUCAUACAACUUCUCCCAUAGGAUAGAUCACUUGUCUUUUGGAGAGCUCAUCCCAGGGAUUAUUAAUCCUUUAGAUGGUACAGAAAAGAUUGCAUCAGAUCACAACCAGAUGUUCCAGUACUUUAUCACAGUUGUGCCAACAAAACUUCAUACAUCUAAAAUUUCAGCAGAAACUCAUCAGUUUUCAGUGACAGAAAGGGAAAGGGUGAUCAACCAUGCAGCUGGCAGCCAUGGGGUGUCGGGGAUUUUCAUGAAAUAUGACAUAAGUUCCCUGAUGGUGACAGUGACUGAAGAGCACAUGCCCUUCUGGCAGUUCUUGGUUAGACUUUGUGGUAUUGUUGGAGGAAUCUUCUCUACUACAGGAAUUUUACAUGGCAUUGGAAGAUUCAUUGUGGAAAUCGUCUGCUGCCGUUUCAAAAUAGGCUCUUCUAAAUCUACGCCUGUCACGCAUCAAGAUGGUCAUGUAAACAACCAUGUACCUCUUACGACGGAUGACACUAUGCAUUAGCACCUUCUGCAAAAACUGGUUUUGCUUUCUUCCUGCCUGAUGGAGAAGACAUUUUUUAUAACAAACAACGUUGUGCAAUAUGUUGAGAGUGCUUGAUCGGAAGCAGGAAAAAAACAAGCCCUUUUUUAAAGAAAAAAAACACCUACCUGUGUGAUGUGUUUCUCCUUUCGGAAUUCAGACGCAGGCCAAGAAAUCCCAUGAGAUCAGUCCUCUCUUGAAAGAAUAAGGAUCAUUUUUGGAUGCGGUUAACCGUCAAAGCAGACAGUUUCAGAGGAAAUGCUGUUGGUGAUUGAAAUAGCAACAUAGACCAUUUUCCCGAUUUCUCGUGCUACAGACUCCCAUGAAAGCUAAUGUACAGAAGAGUGGAGAGGGGUGUGUGUGUUCAGCAUGCAGUGUGGCAAAGAAAAUUACCAGGAACAGCUACUGAACAUCUUGUGACUAUGUUUUCAAAACUAGGGUGUAAGAUUUGUUUGUUUGUUCCUGUUUUGCCCAUAGAAAUGUAAGUUCUAUGACAUAAGUAUGGGAAAACCCAAAAAUGGAAAAGACACAAAGAAGCAAGGAAGCUAAGGUAUAGUAUCAGGGAUAGAUUGUGUGGAUGAAGUUUGUACAUUUAAAAAAAAAUCAGUUUUAGCAUAUUUUUAAACAAGUCAAUUCACAUACAGGAGGGGGGAGGAACAAGUAGGGAAAGGAAUACCCUUGUUUGCUUGUUAAAUCCUCCGUUGUAAACCCUCGAGGGAAACUGUAGGUUCUUUCCUUGGAAGUCGCACCAGCAUUUGUUGAAGUUAAUUCAAAUCUAGGUCAUUCUGUCAUUUAUAAAGUCAUAUGCCUAAAGGUUGGCGGUACCUUC